CGUGUGUGUGCUGUGAUCUGAACAAAAUUGAUUUGGUGAUGUGACGUAGGUAAGGGCUCUCUCUCUCUCUGCUUACAUAGUUGCAGUGUUAAUUUACUUUUUUUAUUUAUUUAUUUCCCCCCCCUCAUUAUUAUUAUUUUUUUUAGCGCCGCAUUGCUGUUCUCUAUUUAAAAUUUGUAUUAAACCUCUUCUUUUAUUUUAUUUUUUAUUCUUGCAUUGACUUUAAUCUGUGGUCCUAUCGAGCUUUUCCCCCCACCUCUUAAUAAAGUAGUUUUUUUUUUUACAAAAAGGGAAAUGGCCGAGUACCUGAGCAAAGCAAUGGCUCUGGCGCAGGACGCGGCCAAGUUAUCGCUGCGAUUUUCCGAAGGACUAGUUGACAAUGCUUUGGAGUUUGGGCUGGACACGCCAGGCGGGUUCUUCGACAACGCCGAGUUUAAACUGACGCAGGUGCGCAAGGAGCUGGGGUCCGGCACGGACAAGGAGAAAGUAGCAGGGCUGAAGCGGCUCCUAGCGGCGAUCGCCAAAGGCCACGAUGCGUCUGAGUAUUUCGCCGAUGUGGUGAAGAACGUGGCCUCGGGGAACCUCGAAAUGCGGCGGCUCGUGUACAUGUACCUAUUGCGGUACGCCGAGCAAGAGCCGGAUCUGGCGCUUUUGUCGGUCAACACGUUUCAGCGUGAUUUGGCGGAUAGCAGCCAGGUCAUUCGCGCAAUGGCGCUGCGCGUCAUGUCGAGUAUCCGGGUGCCGGUCAUUAGCCCAAUUGUUGUCAUGGCUAUUCGCAAGCUGGCCAACGACCGGUCCCCGCAUGUGCGCAAGACAGCGGCGCUGGCGGUGUGUAAGCUGCUGCGGCUGGACACGUCGUUGCGCGGGGAGCUGGCGGUGGUGGUGGGCGGCAUGCUGGUGGAGAACUCGCCGCUGGCUGUCGGGUCGGUCAUCCGGGCGUUCCGCGCGGUCAGCAGCCCGGGCCAAUACGACGCCGUGCACGUGCAUUUCCGGCGCUGGUGCGUGAUGCUGGCGCAGCUGGACGAGUGGGGCCAAGUUGAGCUGACCAAGCUGCUGACGGCGUAUGCGCGCACGCAGUUCAGGUGCCCGGGGGAGGAGGGCGCACGGCUGGACGCCGACCACGCGCUGCUGCUGCACAGCAUGCACCCGCUGCUGCAGAGCCGCAACAGCGCAGUGGUCAUGGCCGCGGUCUCGGCGCUCUGCCACCUGGCGCCCGCCUCGCAGCGGGCGGCCGUGGCCCGGCCACUCGUCCGGCUGAUGCGGUCGGGCCGCGAGACCGGCUACGUCGUGCUGACCAAUAUCCACCAGAUCGCGCAGACAACGCCAGCGCCCUUCCACGCGCACGUGCGCAGCUUCUUCGUCACUGCGUCGGACCCGCCGAUGACGCGGCGGCUGAAGCUGCGUGUGCUGGCAGCGCUCGUUGACCGGCAGACCGUCGGCAUCCUGGUGCCUGAAAUCGCCGGGUACACGCGCAGUGCCCACGCGGACACCGCAGUGGGCGCCGUUGGCGUCAUGCUGGCGUGCGCACAGAGGCUGCGCGAGGCGACAAUUGACUGCUUCCAAAGCCUGCUUCUGCUUGCGGCGCGCCCUGGCGUGCGCGAGGAAGUGGCCAAUGCGGCAAUGCACGCUGUGCGCGUGCUUUUGCUGGACGGCAGCGUGCGCGAUGCGCAGGAUCGCCGCGCAAUGACGCUGUAUGACAUUCUGUGCUAUUUGGCGCGCACCCUGGACAGGUGCCGUGCGGAUGUGGCGCGCGCCCAUGUGUAUGCGCUGGUGGCUGAGUUUUCCCAGACAAAGUUCGGGUGCCUGCAUGGGCUGGACGUCCUGCGCGCCGCCGUGAGGUCGUUCAGGGACGAGGGCCCGCAGGCGAAAAUGCAGGUGCUGGAGCUUAGCGCCCGCCUGAUGUGUCUGGCGCCGUGUGGCGGCCGCGCAGCGGCCGAGGCCAGGGCUGAGGCCGAGGCCGAGAGCAAGAACACGGCCGAGGGCAAGAACGCGGCCGAGAGCAAGAACGCAGCCGCUGCCAGUGGCCCUCUUGCGCCUGUGCUCGCGGAGCAUCGCGAGCUCCUUGCUGGCCUGCACGCAUUUGCGUUCACGCUUGCACGCUACGACACGAGCUUUGAUGUGCGCGACCGCGCACGCACACUGCGCGCCCUGUGCCCGUUGGCCGGCGACGAGGCGCACGCAGAGGAGAUGCCGCGAGUGCUGGAAAUGGCCAAGGAGCUUAUUGUAUCUGCCACCACGGACAUGCCAGCUGCAGCGGAUUCACAUGUGCUUGGCGCUGGCCGGUUCACGGUUGCGUCGCUUUCGCUUACGCUUGGCCGUCCUGUCGCCGGGUAUGCGCCGCUUGCAGACUGGCCGCUUGAGAAUGUGCGCGGCGUGGAUCGGGGGGCCUCCGUGGCAAACCUAGGCCCUGGCCCUGGCUCUGGCCGCAAUCUUGGAUCUCCAGGCAGCGCGUCGAUUGCCGGCGCCAUAUCAAUUGCCGGCAUCAGUGGCCGCGCACAGCCCUCUGGCGGCAAUGCAGACUAUUCGACGCCUCGCAGCCAUGUCGCAAACAACGAGGAGGACCUUGACGCAUUCUUGGACUCGAUUGAUGACAGUAGCUCGCAUGCCAAGAUGCAGAACUUUGCCCAUGCUCAGCAGAGCUUGCAGAAGACCGCUAUUCUGUACCACCAGUCCAACAUAUCGUCUGACUCGGAGUCCACCAGCGAGAGCGAAGAGGAAAGUGAAAGCGAUGAUGAUGAUGAUGAUGAUGAUGAUGAUGCUGCUCCUGUUGUGGGCGUUUCAAGCGCGGCCCUUGGUGCAUCGGAGAGCAGCGAAAGUCGUAAUGAAAGCAGCGGUAGCAACGACGAAAGCAAGGGCGAAGGAAAUAGCCAAAGCGAUGGCCAAAGCGAUGGCCAAAAUGAAAGCGAGGACGACGAGCGCAGGCCAUUUAUCCCAGCCGCGCAGACUAACAGACACUCGCCACAUGCGCAUUUCAAAAACUCUAGUGGCUCGCAUAGCGACGACGAUGACACCAGCUACCCUGGCACAAGUAUGCACUCGCGCCCGCUGAUUGAAGACACUUCCAAGUACUGGCAGUGAACCAAAAUAAAACAUUGUUAUUGUUAAAAAAUUAAUAAUAAUAAAAUAAUA